CGGUGGCCGGAAAGUUAAAGCGGGCAGCGCGGCCGCGGGAGUCAGAGUAGCGCGCGGACGCUGCAGCUGCCCGCGGAGGGCGCGGACCUGAGCCCUGACCCAGCACGGUAGCGGCCGGCGGGCUGGCGCGGCCGCCCUGGGACUGGCAGCGGUGCCCGGGUGCUUGCCUGUUCCUCCCACCCCGCGAUGGCAGUGGACAUUGAGUACAGGUACAACUGCAUGGCCCCCUCCUUGCGCCGCGAGCGGUUCAUCUUCAAGGCCUCGCCGAAGCCGAGCAAGCCCCUGAGGCCUUGCAUUCAGCUGGGCAGCAAGGAUGAAGCCAGCGGGAUGGUAGCCCCUGUGGUCCAGGAGAAAAAGGUGAAAAAGCGGGUAUCCUUCGCGGACAACCAAGGGCUGGCCCUGACAAUGGUCAAAGUGUUCUCGGAAUUCGAUGACCCAUUAGAUAUUCCGUUUAACAUCACUGAGCUCCUAGACAACAUUGUGAGUUUGACGACAGCAGAGAGCGAGAGCUUUGUUUUGGACUUUUCACAACCCUCCACAGAUUACUUAGACUUUAGAAAUCGACUUCAGGCCAACCGUGUCUGCCUUGAAAACUGUGUGCUGAAGGACAAAGCCAUCACAGGCACCGUGAAGGUUCAGAACCUCGCAUUCGAGAAGAUCGUGAAAAUCAGGAUGACAUUCGACACUUGGAAAAGCUUCACAGACUUUCCUUGCCAGUACGUGAAGGACACUUAUGCCGGUUCAGACAGGGACACGUUCUCCUUUGACAUCAGCUUACCUGAAAAGAUCCAGUCUUAUGAAAAGAUGGAGUUUGCCGUGUGCUAUGAGUGCAAUGGCCAGACGUACUGGGACAGCAACAAAGGCAAAAACUACAGGAUCAUCCAGGCUGAAUUAAAGUCCACUCAGGUCGAGCCACAACAUGGACCAGAUUUUGGAAUAUCCUUUGAUCAGUUUGGAAGCCCUCGCUGUUCCUAUGGACUGUUUCCAGAGUGGCCAAGUUACUUAGGAUAUGAAAAGCUAGGGCCUUAUUAUUAGUGACUGCAGUUGACAGUCGUGGCUCCGGUCACCCCGGCUUGGAGAAGCCAAGAGAAGAGCAAAGCUAAACUGCCAUCAGGCACUGUUUGUGGAAAGAAAGGAACCUGUUCACUUUUUUCUGAAACCAGCAAAUCCAGCUGGGUUUAGCUCACAGAACUGGCUUCUGGCUCAGAGGUGACACUCUGGUACGUUGUGACACUUGCAGCAGCCAUAAGAAUGAGCGGAAUGGUGCCAGGAAGGGUCUGGAAAGGAACCAAGCCUGUGGGCAGUGCUGGCGAGGCCAGAGGAGCCUGCCUCCUUUCUGCACUCAGAGGCAUGCAGGAAGUCCGUCACCUGAAAGUCACUCAGUCCCCAGCCUCCCCAGUGGGAUCCGCAUGCCCCAUCCACCUUUGGUGGUCUCCACCAUCCAGGCCUUUCCUGCUGCUUGGACCACCCUUUAACUCUGUGCUGUGACAAAGCCAUCACUGUGACGUCUGACAGGAUGUCACCGCUACAGAGGACACAUGCAAUCAGCUCCUUUUUCUGCAGGUUCAUUUUUUUGCUUUUCAUUUUUUUUCACAGUUCAUCUAAUGUUCAGAAGAAGAGAGUAAAGGCAAAUAAAUAGCCUGUGACUGAGAGAGGCAUUUCCUCUCCCCUCUUCCUGACCCCACAUCUGUAUUCCAGAGGACAGCAACGUCCCAGUGAUGGAAAAUCCUGUGUGGGGUCAUAGACUGCAGGGUGAUGACCAGGCAGGACAGUUGGCAUAUAGGACACUUGUAGCUUUUCCUCUUGGCUUUUUGGAAGAGCUUUCUAAGCACUCGCCAUCACUCUGAGUCACUAGAAGGCUCAAUGACUUGAUUUAUUUUCACUUGCUUGGCUGGUUCACCAGCCUCAUUCUUUCGCAAAGAAUUAUAGAUCUCUCUUUCCAGAGAGUCAUCUUGAUUCUGUGUUUAGAACAUAUGAUUUGCAGAUCCACGAAGCCCUCAAAAAAUGUUUGGUCUUAUUUUGCCUGCAGUAUCCAGGACACUUUGCAAGCACCCACGGACAUUGACUCGGGUGUUCUUAUUUAUGGUGUGCUAGUAUGUAAAAGGAUGGGGAGCAAAUCCUCAUCACAUUCUCAUAUGCUUAAAUGUUUGCCAACACUGAAAAAGCAGUGGUUAAUUGUUCUUAACCAUAUUGGACAAAAGUAUGUUGGAGAAUGCUAUUGUGAGACUCCUAGGACAUUCACUGUCAGAUGGAUUCCCCAAACCUGUGAUUUUUCCUGGGCAAGAUUGGUUUUUACUUAGGGAUAUUUGAAAAAUAUUUUUACAUAUGUAUUUGUAGAAAUGUUGAUUUUUUUUCCCUUAGUUUUGGAGUUUGGUUGAAGAACUAUUUAAAUCUCUAUUUGCCUGAUCUUACUAAAAGUGAGGUUUUCUUAGGCACGCAGGAAAAGGGAAUGCAUCUUUGCCGACCUUUGGAGGCACAGCUGCUGGACUUGUCAAGCAGAUUCUUGUGCUUGAAUUUUCCAGAUUAGUUGAAAAGAUCUCCUGCUUUCUGUGGCUUUGGAAUCAGUGUCAUGCAGGUAUCAAGUGCCUUGGCUCCUGAACUUUGAUAGUUGGGGACUAUUUUUCUUUUUAUUUUCAUUUUUGAACUUUUAUUUUCGUUUUGAACAUUUUCAGUUUUAACUGUUUAAUUGCUAAGUGGUAUUUGAUGUAAUUCAUGUUCCUAAAACUAGCUGUUACUAGUCUACAAUCGAGGGCUUUAUGUUUUGUACCUCUCCCAGGUGGAUAGCACUUUGGGAUUACGUGAUAAUGUAAUUUAUGGGGAAAUCACAUUUGUAUUUUAUGCUGAAAUUGGGCGAGACUGUGUUUUAUCCAAGCACCAAGCAUACAAAUGAUACUUUAAAUGUUACAGAACUAUUAAUAGCAUAAAUCCAAAUCCAGUGGAAGCAAAACUGAUCUUAUAUAUGUCAUGAGUUUUAUUUUGGGUUAAGAAGUGCCCCCCGCAAUGUUCGAAAGGCACAAAGUGCGCUGUUAUUUACAAGUUACCAGAGUAAGGAUGGUUCUGCAUUCCAAAGAAAAGGUCCUCAAGUGACUCUAGAAUAAAAUUUUUUGGUUUUGUGUAAUAAUGAUCCCGAGACAUUCCCCUGUCAAAAUUUGAAAUAUGGUAAUUCAAUGAUAAGUAUCUCUCCUAAAGCAGCUAUAAGCCCCCCACCCCUUCUUUCUCCCAGCCUUUUUGCUGGGGGCACUGGUUGCAAACCCCCAGCUGACACACCUAGGUAUGCACCCCACCCCUCUGUUCAGAAGGCAAGUCCUCACUUGCUUGCAGAGAGUCUGUUUCCCCUUGAAAGAACCUACUUGCCUGACUUCAAUGAUGAGGACUAAAUAAAUAAAUUAUGAAGACAGUCCCUUACUGGAGGUCUAAAGACCUUGCCUUUCUGCUCUUGCCCCCUGCAUCCAGCACCCUUUCUCCAUUUGCCGCAGUCUGCCUAUGAUUCUCUCGGAGGACCUUUCAGACGCAUUGAUAGAUUCUUUGUUCCUAGCUCACCGUUUAGGCCUCCACACUUCAGAGGCUGACAGGCUCCUUAAUUAGUCUUGGCUACAGCCUGACCUGGACCUCUGACUUCACCCCACUCUUGGUUAUGAUGACAAAUAGUCCCCAGUCUUCAUGUCUUUCCACUUACCCAGAAGUCCCAGCCUCCUGUCACUGUGCAGCAAUGCUGUGGUUUGACACUGGGGAAGCAACUCCAUUUUUGUUUCAUAUUUAUUUCCCACAGUGCCAUGGGGCACUUUAGCAAAUUGGGUGCAAUAAAUAAGCUGAACUAUGUAAAAUAUAUAAUAAAUAAACUUUCAGUGUUUCUGGGAAGAUGUUUCUUGAAAGCAUGAGAAGUGGGCUUUUUAAAAGCUAUUCUUGUUAGAAGGGAGCUAAUGAGAAAGAACAGAGCUAUGUGGGUCUCCAGAAAUUAGAAUAAUUGGAGUCAAUGGUGGAAUUUAUCUCUAAGAUUUAACUGUAAUGGUGAUAACAGUGAUAUGUUUUUUAAAGGUGUAAAUUUUGAACCACUUUGUAGUUUUUGAUCUUUACAUGGCAUUGCUUUCUUUUUUUUUUUUUUUUUUUUUGGUACCAGGAAUCGAACUCAUGACGUCAGGCUUGCCAGGCAAGCACUUAUGCUACUGAGCUAAAUCCCUGGCCUGGCAUUGCUUUUUAAAAACAAGUAUAAUGUACUCAUUUGGAUAUGAAUUGAGUUUUGUAUGCUCCUUUUUUUAGAAAUACCCGCUUUGUGGGUCUUCUCUCUCCCAAAGGACAGUGAUUGCAAACCUUGGUUGUCUUUUUAAAUUCCUCUGCUGGAUGCAGUCCCAGAGGCCCUUUGCUGGUGGCUGGGGGUAAUGAGGGGCUGUAUCUAAUUGUCUUUCCCCACAGGAUUACUGAAAUUGGAGAUAAGGAGUUAUACAUGUAAUGGGAUCUUACCUAUAAUGGGAUCUUACAGGGCUACCCGAAGACAAUUUGGCAGCUUAUCUUAGUUUCCUGAAGUGGGAGAACACUUCAGGGACAAUCAGUGUGUACUGGUCAUGGUUAUAAGUUGCAAAGUUGUGAAUACUUUUACAGUUGUGUUUGUGGAUCGGUUUGGAGACACUGCUGGGUGUGUGGGGACUUGGAAGCAUGCAGCUGUGAUGAUGUUGCAUUCUUACCUCAAUGUAAAUGUAGAAUUGAGGACUCAUCUUCAUUUUACGCCUAAAAGUGCCUUGUCGAGAAAUUUCUGCAUGUUUUUUAAAAAUAAAUAUUUUUGUACACAAAGUUAAAGGGGAAAUGCACUUUAAAAAAAAAAUCACAAGAAUGGCUGUUUUUUGUGUAUGUGUGGUACAAGAGAGUGAUUUGUUUGUAUCUAUCUCAAAAGCAAGAAGUAAUAAAGAUAGAAAAAACAAAA